ACAUCUCUCCUCACACUAACUUUUUCUCUCCUUCAAAAUAAGGUCUUGUUUGGACAAUUCCAGUUUCAGUCAACAUGAAAAAAAAUUCUUAUCACAAAAAAAUUUCAUCUCCCUCAAUUUUCCACACUUUUCUCUCCAAUCAACUACUUCUUAUCUUCAUUAUCGCCGGGAUUCUUCUUCCGGCACCAACAACAAGCAUCAGGCUCCCGGAUCGAAACCUGGAAUUCACAUCUUCUCCUUCAAAUCUCAAUCACAAUCUCAAAAUUGCUGUUUUUGCUCUUGGAAGUUUCUGGAGAUCUGAGGCUGUUUUUGGUUGCUUAAACGGUGUCGUUCGUACCUCCGUUGGUUAUUGCGGUGGUACUAAACUUAAUCCUGAGUAUCGUAGUUUAGCCGAUCAUGCUGAAUCUGUUCAGGUGGAAUAUGACCCCAGGGUUAUUAGCUUCCAGCAACUUUUAGAGGUCUUCUGGUCGAGUCAUGAUUCAAGGCAGGUAUUUGGCCAGGGUCCUGAUGUUGGUAACCAGUACAGAUCUAUUAUCUUCACUAAUGGUACGAGUGAGUCAAGAUUGGCAGCUGCUACCAAGGAAAGGGAGCAGGCUAAAUCAAAGAGCAGUAAAGUGACCACCCAAAUUCAACCACUUGAAACUUUUUAUCCUGCUGAACCCGAGCAUCAGAAAUUUGAGCUCAAACGGAAUCCUUUUCUCCUUCAAUUGAUUGGUAACUUGCCAGAAGAGGAGCUCGAGAGGUCAACCUUGGCUUCAAAAAUGAAUAGUUAUGCAGCCGAGCUUUGUCCUUGGAGAGCCCAGCAACAAAUCGAUAGCAAAAUUAAUGAAAUUCUCAAACAAGGUUGGCCUGUUUUAAGGGAAAUCUAGUGGAGACGCAAUACCACACAACAGGGUUUCUGAACCCAUUGAGUUUUGCAGGUUAUAGCGAUUCAGCAUUGAGUACGACAUACGACCAUUGAUUCUAGAUGAUCUGACACCAGAAAUGUUUUACGCUGAUCAGCAAUUUUCUCCGACUUCAUUACAGUUGGAUCAAAUUAACAAUGCGCGGACAUUUUGUUGUAGAAUGAGUUCCUUUCAGAUGGUAAUCGUCGUGGUACUGUGCACUAUGCAUCUGAUCAUUAUAGUGGUUCAGAAUUUUGAAUACAGAAUGGUUCGCAUUAGAAUUAUCCAUUGUGAUGCAUCAAUUCUUUGAGUGGAGACUAUAUGGUGAUUUGUAUAGGCAUGUAAUCGAUUUACUGCAUAAAUUGUUUAUCAGAAUUAUUUGAUUUACCUUUUGAAUUGCUA